GGUGUGUUGUGUGUGAGCGUGAAAAUGGACAAGAAAAGUGCAAUCCGGAGAGCCAAGAGGCCUUCAAAAGUAUUGGAGGAAAAUUAUUGGGACUGCAGUGUUUGUACCUAUAGGAACAACGCUGAGGCCUUCAAAUGCUCUAUGUGCGAUGUCAGAAAAGGCACUUCAACCCGCAAACCACGCCUUAAUCCGGCCUUAGUGGCUGCCCAGGCAGCGGGCACGGCAACCAGCUCGCAGAAACGACCGCGCUCCGCCAACUCGCUCAAAAAGAAGCGUCGCCACCCACCCAGACUAAGUAAUGUUGAUCGCAGCUCAGCGCAGACCAGAGAAGUAACAGUAAGCGGAGUGACAGUGGUAAUAACAGAAUAUAAGCCGAAGAAGUCGGUUUCCACCAGCUCGAGUGAUGUAGAGUCGUCAAACGACGCACGUCCCUGAUCUCCCGCCACCCCAGGCGCGGCCGCGGACCCGGCCGUGCCUGGCACUUCGGGCAUGUCCCACAAUGUCAGGUCCACCUCGCCUAAACCGUCUUCUUCGUCUUAAAUCCGAAGAAAAUCUUAGGUUAUAUCACUGAUAUUUGACCGUUGGCGUUUAGCUAUAGAACACUAAUUGCGCUUAUAAGGCAACUUUAUACCUGUUAGAUACCAUCGCAGUGUUCUAGUUGUCCUAUGUCGUCAUCUACGAUCAAAUAUCGUUUUUUUGAUAUGUCCUACAGUGAUGGAAAUUAGACAUGUUUUCCACUGUGAUCAAAGGUGGUAUAACUAAAAAAGUGCGUUGUAGUUGCUUUCGCUAACAAUUACUAAAAACUUUUCGCUGUAUCACUUUAGUAAAAACUGGAAAACACGUCCAAAGUAGCUGUUCCCAAUUAUUUAUUAGGUUUUUCUUUUAAUUUAUGGCAAAUCAAAAAAUUUGACAUUCGUAAGAUAACAACUUUCAUCAGGGAAGAAAACAUAGUCUAUAAUAGUCAAACCAACUUUUUGAUGUAUAAUAUGUGGUUAUCAGGGUUACGGAGUGUAAUAUAUAAAGUUGCAUGGUAUUUGACGAGGUCAAGUCUCUUACGUUUUAUUUAAGCCAGAAUAAAUGUUGAAGUUGUAUGUUAAUCUCGAAAGAUAAUCGAUUGGGAACAGCUGUAUUGUACGGCGAGGAAAAUACUACUCAUGUUAAAGACUAUUCCAAUCUUAUUUUUAUUAGAUAAAAUGUGGUCAUUGGGAAACUUUGCUAACCUAAAAUUUUGUUACUUAGAAAAAACUUUUUUUCGCUUCGUCUUUGUUAUGUUUGUAUAAAAAUCACCUUAUUAUAUUUGUUUCAGUUGCAAUAGUGAUAAGAAAUGUAUUCUUUUCAAAAGAAAAAAAUACUGUUCAUGAAUUUCAAACUAAAACCAUUUAACUUUGAGUCUAACUACGAUAUAAGAAUGAAAUUAGUAAGGAAAUGUAAUUGUAUAUUGGAAAUGUUAAGACCAGCUGGUCACUGCCAAACGAUUAAAGUAGUUAUUUGGCGGUUUGCGAAUGUCGCGUCGACUAUUGGAUAUGUCGAACGAGCCGUAGUAAUAUGGGGCCAUCGAUGCUAUGACGGUCACAGUGAAAGUAUUUAUAAUAGAAUAUAUUGCAUAAAUAAAUAGCAAAAUUCUUGUGAUCGUUUCUAUAUAAAUAGUCUUUGUAAAAGGACAUUUGCUGGCCUACAUAUUGACUCACAGUUAAAAAAAAGAAUUGCGAAAGUGCCGCAGAUUAAUGUUUAUUCUAUUCUGUCAUCGCAUUUUUUUUUGUCAGCUACAUUGUACAUCAGUUAACCUCCAGUAUUAAUAGGAAAAGUAAGACUUCAAGUGUUUCCUAUUUCAAAUUAAAUUCAGUUAUAAGAUUUCAACAAUGUUAUUCCAAUAAUAAC